AUGGUCUUAGCACUAAAGAUCUGGAGACAUUACCUAUUUGGGGAAAGAUGUCAUAUUUAUACACAUCAUAAGAGAUUGAAAUACAUAUUUGAACAGAAGGAAUUGAAUCUAAGGCAAAGAAGAUGGCUUGAGUUAAUCAAGGAUUAUUCUUGUACGAUUGAGUACCAUCCAAGAAAGGCUAAUGCUGUAGAAGAUGCCUUAAGCAAGAAAUCCAGUCAUCUUAAGGCUUCAUUUAAUGCAGUUAGAGGGUUGUUGUUACAGGAACUGAAGAGUUCUAAUGCCCACUCCCAAGUGAACAGCCUAGGAGGCUUACUUGCUCAAUUUCAGGUAAAGCCUACUUUGAUUAAUUAUAUUAUCAAAGAGAAACCAGGAGACCCAGUUCUUAGGAAGUUAGCCAAGGAAGUGAGGCUAAAGCAAAAUACAGACUACAUGUUGAGGCAAAACGGAGCCUUGAUGAAGGAAAACAGGCUAUGUGUUCCUAACAAUAUGACUUUGAAUAAUGAAAUUUUAGAAGAGGCUCAUAGUUCAGCCUAUGCUAUGCACCCCCAGAAAAACUAA